AUGUUCACCGUCUGCUCCGGAAGGGCAAACUAUGCCGAGCGGGUCGGGGCCGGAGCUUCCCGUCUAUCUGGCCGCCGUCCUGGAGUAUCUAUGACGGCUGAGAUCCUGGAGUGGCCGCAACGCCGCCCGAGACAACAAGAAAGACCCGCAUCAUCCCCCGAGACACCUCCAGCUGGCUGUCCGCAACGACGAGGAGCUCAACAAGCUGCUGGGCGGCGUCACCCAUCGCGACCCAGGGAGGAGUCCUGCACCCAACAUCCAGGCCGUGCUGCUGCCCAAAGAAGACCGAGAGCCACAAGGCCGCCAAGAGCAAGUAACAUCCCCCACCAGGAUUCCCUUCUAUCCGCCAACACAACGGCUCUUCUCAGAGCCCCCCCACAUCUCUAUACAAAAGGGGCGGACAUACGGGCUUCUAUGGACAUCCAAUCCCACACUCCUCUCUAUCUCCCGGGGAGGUGA